AUGUUGAAGGUCCUCGAGGGGCGCCCGGCCAAGAUGGGCUUCCGGAUGCCGGCGGAGUGGGAGCCGCACGAACAGUGCUGGAUGGGAUGGCCCGAGCGUCCAGAUAACUGGAGGGAGAAUGCUGGUCCAGCUCAAGAGGUAUUUGCUAGAACUGCAAUUGCCAUUUCAAAGUUUGAACACGUCACGUUAUGUGCAAGUGCCAAGCAGUACCCCAAAGUCCACGAGCUGAUGGAACAUCAGACCAACAUCAGGGUGGUUGAGAUGAGCAUGAAUGAUUCCUGGUUCCGCGACAUGGGACCCACUUUUAUCACUCGCAAAGGUGAUUCAGGAAUCGCAGAACAAACUAUAGCAGGAAUUGAUUGGCAAUUUAAUGCCUGGGGAGGAAUCUAUGACGAUUGGAGUCUUGACAGCGAUGUUGCCAAGAAAAUAGUCGAGAUUGAGAGGAUCCCUAGGUUUCCGCAAAAAAUUAUCCUUGAGGGUGGAAGCAUUCAUGUAGAUGGAGAAGGUACAUGCAUUACAACGGAAGAAUGCUUGUUGAAUCCUAACAGAAACCCCAACAUGACGAAACUAGAGAUAGAGAAUGAGCUGAAGGAUUUUCUUGGAGUCUCAAAGGUCAUCUGGAUACCUCGUGGACUUUAUGGUGAUGAGGAUACAAAUGGCCACGUUGACAAUAUGUGCUGUUUCAUUAAACCUGGUGUGAUCCUACUGUCAUGGACCGACGAUGAGAGGGACCCUCAGUAUGAACGGUCAGUCGAGGCACUGUCUGUUCUCUCUCAGUCCGUUGACGCGAAAGGACGGCAGCUCGAAGUGGUGAAGAUCCACGUCCCUGGACCUCUGUACAUGACAAAAGAAGAGGCAGAGGGUGUUGUUUCGACGGGGCAUGCUGUGCCGAGGGAACCGGGCACGAGAUUGGCCGCCUCGUAUGUCAACUUCUACAUCGCCAAUGGCGGGAUUAUAGCGCCUUCUUUCGGGGACAACAAGUGGGACAAGGAGGCACAUGCGGUUCUCCAGAAGGCGUUUCCUGAUCACGAGAUGGUGAUGGUUGAAGGCGCACGAGAGAUCGUGCUGGGAGGCGGGAACGUUCACUGCAUCACGCAGCAGCAGCCCGUGCGCCCGUCCUAG